AUGCUUGAUGAAGAAUGUAUCGUGCCGAAAGCUAGCGAUAUGACCUUGGCCUCAAAGCUCAACGAUCAACAUCUUGGAAAACACCCAAAUUUCCAGAAACCUCGUCCACCAAAGGGAAAGCAGGCCGAAGCACACUUGGCCAUCGUUACAUUAUGCCGGCACUGUCCGAUACAACGUGAAAGGAUGGACCCUCUGAAUGACACGGCUGUAUCAGUUCUGAAAGCCAACACUGGAAACCAGUUGAUGUCUGAGCUGUGGGCUGACUACAACACCCAAGAUGAUAUCGCAAGUCUCGGCAAGAAGGCUGCACCAUCGAAGAAGAAGGGAAAAUCAGCGUCGUUCAUGACGGUAUCGAUGAUGUAUCGAGAAUCCUUGAAUAAUCUUAUGCACAUGCUCAAUCAGACUCACCCACAUUUCAUCAGAUGUAUCAUCCCGAACGAACAGAAGAAAAGCGGUACGUGUCUUCAGUACUGA